GGGAGGGAAGUGUGAAGGUAGGAGAGAGAGAGAGGGAGCCAAGGGAAGCUCUCUUCUUUCUUCCUCCUCCUCGUCCUCUCGAAUUCCGUCUCUUGUCUCUGUCCUCCUCGCUCGGCUUCCCCGGUUCUUGAGAGGGGAAAUAGGAGGCGGAGCCGAGGAGAGGGAUGGGGAGGGACGAGAGGUUCCCAGUGUGGGAGGCCGCGCUCGGCGCUGGGGUCGCCGCCGCCUUCGCCGCUGGGCUCGUCGGGGUUUACCUUUCCAUGCCGGACUCCGACUACAGCUUCCUCAAGCUGCCACGUAAUCUCCAGGAACUCCAAAUCCUCACGUAUGUUUUUUUUUAACUUUUGCCUGCCCCUUAAGCUCCUCAUUUUUUUCUUUGUCCGGUUGGUUGGUGCCGGUGGUGCACGAAAGCUUCCGCCUUCUCUCUGUUUUCUCGUACGAAAUUUGAUGCCGAUAUGCCCUAUGAUUAUCUGCACGCAAGUUGUCUGCAUCCUCUUAAUGGAUGGCCAUCUUGAGAACUAUACUAGCGACUACACCCUACAGGUGUUGGUAGGCUACUGCGCCGUGUACAUCUUCAUGCAGACCUUCAUGAUCCCAGGAACGAUAUUCAUGUCACUGCUUGCUGGUGCUCUGUUUGGGCAGCUCCGGGGCGUGGCCCUGGUAGUCUUCGCCGCCACUGCUGGCGCUUCUUCGUGCUAUUUCCUGUCGAAGAUGAUUGGGAAGCCACUGGUGUUCACGCUGUGGCCAGAUAAACUCAGCUUCUUCCAGAGACAGGUUGCUAAAAGAAGAGAGAAGCUCUUGAAUUACAUGCUUUUCCUCAGGGUGACCCCAACAUUGCCAAAUACCUUCAUCAACUUGGCUUCACCGAUAGUAGAUGUCCCCUACCACAUAUUCUUACUGGGAACUCUCAUUGGCCUUAUCCCAGCUUCUUAUGUGACUGUCAGGGCUGGAAUCGCUCUUGGAGAAUUAACUUCGCUAAGCGACCUUUACGACACCCAGUCGAUAGCGCUGCUAUUCCUGAUCGGUGUUGUUUCAGUCACACCAGCAUUGUUGGGCAAGGACGAGGCACAAGAAAAACCAUCAGAAAUGGCUGUAGGCGCGUCGUGAUCACCAAAGCACCGAGCACCUGUACAUAUCAACAUGCAGCCAUGCAGUGGCUUCAUUAGUUCAGAUCGACGGGCCCGUGUGGCUGGAUGACAAAAACGGUUCGCAUGGCUACUACACAGCUUGGAUAGGCCAUUCAGCACAUUAUGAUUAUGAACGAUUGAAUGAAUCUGGGAAGCAGAAUGCCCGUUCCACAAGCUGCUCUGAUGUGUAAACGAGUAGUGCUGUUCGGAUAGGCCUGGCAUUUAGUCUAAUCCCUGUUUAUAUUGACCAGAUUCAUUCAAUCCAUAUUCAGUGGUUCAAAGAUAAUGCCCUGUCCAGCUGCUGUGUUCCUCAAUGUCUUUCUCCAUUUCUAA